AUGCAAAACGGCAGCCCGAACAGCCCAUCACCGCGAGAUGAUUACCUGACGCCCGUUCCAGACUCUCCUGUCUUGGAAGCAGCCGCAUUGGAAAUUCAAGUUGACUCGAAGCCCUCCGAUGAGAUUCCCUCUGGUCCACCCGUCGAUGAGCCGCCUCCCCAAAUAGAAGGCCCGCCAUCAAAGAAGCGCCGUCUUACUGAAACGACCCCAUCGCGUCGGUCGACACCGAGGCCGCCUUCGCCACCAUGGAAGAAAGCCGGAAUCGAUGGACCAACUUCGUUCACGGUGGAGGGGCGUCGCCGAUCUUCGCGCACCAACGCGAUCCCGCUGGAGAUGCAACCCCAUUCCGACAAACGCCAGACUCGGGGAGGACAGACACAACAUACGCCGAAGAAUGUGCGCGAUGGCUCAAAGCCGGCAACAUCGUCACCGUUAGCCGUGGCGCAGUCUCGCGCCGGGGUUGGUAGCAAGGUUGGUGGCAAGGUUUUGUCUCAUGGAUCACCUCGGACAGGGUCGAUAAAGGCGGCCACAACUGGCAAGCUCGCAGCUUCGAAAUCGCUUUCGACGAAGUCCUCCUCUCAGUCCCGCACAAGAUCGCGAAGUUCUGUCAAUACCCAACGGACGAGCCGCCCGACAACAAACGGCGCAAGUCCCCGCCAGCUGCGCGAUCGCUCUUCUCUUUUAACAACCUCCCCCGAAGCUGGAGAUGAAUCCGGCGAUAUCGAGGCCGUGGAUCAAGAAGGGGAAGAAGGGCAGGUCAAGGUCCCACGAUUACGGAUCAAAGUCAAGAAGCCUGUCCCUCCCAUUCGUCACCCUGGUCACAUUGCCAGCAAAAAGUACGAUUCUUUCCGAGAGUGGAUGGACAAAGAGGAUGAACCAAGUCUCUUAUCUUCCGAAGAAGCCCUGGAAGAGGCUAAGCGGCGGCGUCUGGUGAUCGACGCAGCAAAUCCCGGUGGGCCUCUUAGUUCGGAAGUUUGCUCGGCUUAUAUCACCGAUCAGCAAGAAGAGCCGCCACCUCAAUAUUCACACCAGGACCAUCUCGUCGCACAUGUGCUGUAUUUCCAGAGACUGUUGGAGAAGGAGCACAAACGGCACCGACAGACAGCAAAACUAUUCGCUCAAUGGUGCGCAGAUGCAUACCGAAAGCGUCACAAAAACCCAGAGGAUAUUCUGCGUGAGCAGCAAGAGGAGGUACGGGGAAAGCGGAAGCAGGUGGUCAAGGAUCUCCAGAAGAUGUUUGAUCUGGUGCGUGCCGAAAUCGACCGCGCCCGACUGGCCCGUUGGGAGGAAGAGCGAAAAAUGCAAGACCAGCAAGCUCUCGACCGUGCAAUCAAAAAAUCUACGAUGCUUUUCGAGAAACGCCGAUCUGAGAUCCUUGGCGAGGCGAACAGCGACGUCCCUGCUACUAGCGAUGAUGAGGAAGAUGAUGAUUCGGACUCUGCAAUGAACUCAAGUGACUCCGAUCAUGAGAGCAAUAUGUCAUCCUCAGAGUCCGAAACGGAUGACGAUGAUGAUGCCAACGUGGACGAUGACGCCAGAUUGACUGCGGAAGAGCUCCGGUUGAAAUAUGCCAACCUUCCAGCCGAUGGCAAGCAAGACGAACAAUCUGUGACUUCUGAAAUUCCUCCUUCAGCAAUUGACAGCGAGCUUCUGCCCAGUGAACUGGAUUCUCAGGCCACUCCUGCACCUCUGGACGAUGUGGAUUCGGUUCUCAUGGACGAGAGUGACGAUGAAUCGACCGAUAUGGACGACGAUAUGGGUGAUAGCGACGAUGACAUGGAAUCCGAUGACGGGGGGUCCGAAGACGAAAGUGGAGGCGACGAGGACGACGAGGGUCCUGGACUACUCGGUUUCUUCUCGUCUAGAGAUCUUCCAGUGGCUAAAGGGAACACAGAAACGGAGACUGUGGAAGAUGAGGAAGAUGCGGAUGCUGAUUUCGAACAUCCCGCUGAGAGGUUUGUCCCUCCCGAUGGCCAUGACUCUUCGCGUGAAGGAACUCCAAUGGAUGUUGUGGAAGCCUCGGCGGAGCCAACACCGGCUGAGACGAAUGAUAUCUCGACGGUAGACACACCUCUGGAAGGUCAAAAUCAAGUGGCUGCAACUCCACAGGCGCCUUUGGAACCCACUGCGGAAUCAAAGAGUCCUAUUUGGACCGACCCGGAAGCCAAGCUUCAACCAGUGGAUGAGAUCCAGGAGAACAACGAGCCCGCUCCAGCAGGGGAACUCUCGAGCGAAGCGUCGCCGGGGACUCUGGCAACGAAACCAUCCGAGCCCGAGUCUGUCUCUUCGUAUGAGCCCACUUCAGAGAAGUUGCUUCAAGCAGACGACUCACCCGCACCGGGACUCAAAACACCCAUCCCGCAUCUUCUCCGGGGCACUCUCCGUGAGUAUCAGCACUAUGGUUUAGACUGGCUCGCGGGCCUUUACAAGAAUCACAUCAACGGCAUUCUGGCCGACGAGAUGGGUUUGGGCAAGACUAUCCAAACCAUUGCUCUGCUCGCACAUCUCGCGGUCGAUCAUGGUGUCUGGGGGCCUCAUCUUGUGGUUGUGCCCACCAGUGUGAUGCUGAACUGGGAGAUGGAAUUCAAGAAAUGGUGCCCGGGAUUCAAGAUCAUGACUUAUUACGGUAAUCAAGAGGAACGUAAGGCGAAACGUCGCGGCUGGACCGACGACAACGCGUGGAAUGUGUUGAUCACUUCGUAUCAACUUGUGCUCCAGGAUCAACAAUCUCUGAAGAGGAGAAACUGGCAUUACAUGAUCCUGGACGAGGCGCACAACAUCAAGAACUUUCGCUCGCAACGAUGGCAAGCUCUUCUUACGUUCCGGACCCGGGCGCGCCUUCUUCUCACCGGAACCCCGCUCCAGAAUAAUUUAACGGAGUUAUGGUCUUUGCUUUUCUUCUUGAUGCCUUCUGACGGAGACGGCAACGGCAUUGAGGGCUUUGCAGAUUUGCGGGACUUUUCAGAAUGGUUCCGCCGACCCGUCGAGCAAAUUCUAGAGCAUGGCAGGGAGACCAUGGAUGAAGAGGCCAAACGAGUGGUGACUAAACUUCAUACCGUCCUGCGUCCGUACAUCCUGCGCCGAAUGAAAGCGGAUGUCGAGAAGCAGAUGCCAGGCAAGUAUGAACACGUCAUUUACUGCCGACUAUCCAAACGCCAGCGAUUUCUCUACGAUGGGUUCAUGUCCAUGGCUCAGACGAAGGAGACUCUCGCGUCCGGCAACUUCCUUUCGAUCAUCCAUUGUCUCAUGCAGCUUCGCAAAGUCUGUAACCAUCCGGAUCUCUUUGAGACCCGACCUAUCUCAACAUCAUUUGCGAUGCCACGGUCUGUCGCAACAGACUAUAAUAUGAAGGAGUCACUUGUCCGUCGACGUCUGCUCUUUGAGCAUCCACUCACCAAAGUUGACCUGGACUUUCUCAAUCUUGCGCCCGUGUCAAGAGAAGACAUCUCGCGCAGACUUGCGGAUGACAGCAUUCGGCUGAUGGCCUACGGGCCGUUCAAGGCAUUGCGUGAGCGUCAAUACAAACGGACAAAUUGGCAGAUGAGCUUCGAUGGGUCCACCAUGGAGUCGACCCUGCAGUCUCUGGAGAAUGCCAGUCGGAAACGCAGAAUGGCAGAACUCGAACGCUGUCUGUACUUUGAAUCCAAGCGCCAUGGCCGCCGACCUGUGUACGGCAGCAGCUUGAUCGAAUUUUUGCGCGCGGGCACCAACAAGGAACAUGCCUUGUCCAAUGCCCCACUCCGUAAAAGCAACAUGGCGGAAUGGCUGUCCAGCCGGUCCUCUGUACUUGCGUCCAUGAUCUUGAACAUCGAAGAGCGCUCGCUCGAGAUGGAGGGCUACGUGCAGCGCUUUGCUUGCGUUACCCCGGCGGCUGUUGCGGCGGGCACCACUGAGGCCGCGUUGACCCCCGUGGAAACUCGCUUGCUCACCAACACCUCCAGCGACCAGCCUUACGAUCCGUUCCAUGAGGCGAGAAUGCGCCUGUCUAUCGCUUUUCCGGACAAGAGACUCUUGCAAUAUGACUGCGGCAAGCUCCAGCGGCUGGACAAGCUGUUACGAGAUCUCAAAGCAGGUGGCCAUCGUGCGCUGAUCUUCACACAGAUGACGAAGAUGCUGGAUAUUCUCGAGCAAUUCCUCAAUAUUCACGGCCAUCGUUACCUCCGACUUGACGGUACCACCAAAGUGGAAAAUCGACAACUGCUGACUGAGCGAUUCAACAGCGAUCCCCGAAUUCUGGCUUUCAUCCUGUCCAGCCGAUCUGGUGGUCUCGGUAUCAAUCUGACUGGUGCCGACACCGUCAUCUUCUACGAUCUGGACUGGAACCCAGCCAUGGACAAACAAUGUCAGGAUCGGUGUCACCGUAUUGGGCAGACUCGCGAUGUGCAUAUCUACCGAUUCGUGUCGGAGUAUACGAUCGAGUCCAAUAUCUUGCGCAAGGCCAAUCAAAAGCGCAUGCUUGAUGAUGUGAUCAUUCAAGAAGGUGAAUUCACCACGGAUUACUUUACAAAGCUUCGCGACGUGGAAGGUCUCCCUGAAGGAGAAGACGCGCUUGAUGGACAGGACGAAGCUAGUGCCGCGAUGGACCGCGUGCUCGGCAAUCGCGUCGCCAGUGGUGGAAAGGCGUUUGAGCAGGUUGAGGACAAGGAGGAUAUCGAUGCCGCAAAGAAUGCACAGAAGGAGCUCGAGCAUGCCGAUGAUGGCGAUUUCGACGACCGCACUCCUGCACAAGGCACUCCGGCCCAAGCUGGCACACCACUUCCCACCGAGGGAGGUGAUACGCCGGCGCCCACUGAUGGCGGUGAUGCUGCAACCGGAAAGGAAGCCACAGAUGCUGACCUUGAGCCGUGCCACAUUGAUGACUACCUGCUCCGCUUCAUGGAAUGGAACAUGCGUGACGAACCCUUGAUUCUGCCUGUGGACAAGAGCAAGAAGAGGUCCAAGAAGGGGAAGGAGCACAGAAUCAGACGGCGUCGCUGA